AUGUUUGUAGCAUCAAGACUCAGAUUGGUCGCUCGACCAUUGUCACGCGUCGCCAUGCGUCCUCUUCAUGUGACGGCUCGACGGCUCGCCUCCGCGGACCCCCCAAACCUGUCCGAGAUGAUGAUGAACGACCCCAAGAUUAGGGAGACGUUUGAGAAGCUUAGCCGACACCCCCCUGCUAUCAUUGCCAUGCAAAAGGUUGGCGACAUCAUCAAGAGCAAAGGAUUUGAGCCUGGCAAGCCCCCAAGCAAGAUGGAGGUGAUGAAGCUCUUGAUGGACAAAGAGUUCCGAGAUGCAGCACAGACAUUGACAACUGAGAUGCAGAACGCAGGCAUCGAAAUUAACCCCGAUGCCUUGAUGGCGAUGGUAGGAGGAGAUAAGAGCAAGUAA